AUGAUCAGUGGUACCAUCUUGGCUGAGACGCUCACUAUGCGACCUCACACAAGCCCCUGCUUUUCUGGUCUUUGGUUUGUUGUUGCCAUGGUACCUGACUGCAACAUCUUUCUGGACACCAAGGACUAUGUGCUGAUGUCCACCAGAGCUGUCAGUGCCUUUAUGGAGGAUGACCUCAAUAUCCUCAUGGGUUCCUAGCCUGGUAAUGGCUGUAACUAGGUUGAUGGUUAAUACCUGAGGAUAGGGUCCCAGGGGUACUUUUGAGUUCCAGAUAGGUCUCCCCUGGACCACCUGGAUGUGUGCAUCUCUGAUACUGACUAUAGCUCCUUCGCAGUGGCCUAUAUCAACAAGAAGCUGGAAGGCAUGCUUAGCACCAUGGUACAGCUCUACAGUGAGAGACCCGCAUUUCCUGCCCUGAAGGCCUUUUCAGACUUCUACUAAACAAUAGGGUUCCUGGGUAACAUGAUGGUAGUGCCACCAAAACCAGGUACUAGUUGA